AUGUCGAGAUAUUCUCGAAUAUUUCUUCGACCAAAAGAUUCAUGGACCAUCGAAUCAAGCUCCAAAAUAUCUACCAGCGUAGAACCAGGCAGUUCAAGUAGUCCCGGGUUCUCGUAUCCACCCAGUAGCUUGCCUUCGCAUGAUCCAGAUUCUCCUUACGCCAUGUCGUCGCCCGCACCCCAUCCAUAUACGCUCGGCGCUGCGAUACGCUCUCCCAUUGAGACAUCAAGUAGAGAGGGUACAAAUACCACAAAUCACGAUCAAGCACCUACCAACACCAGUGAUUACCACAACAUUACCGAAAAACCUCCAGAAAGUCCUGGCAUGGGUGUUCAAUACCCGCGAAACGAGAUUCCCAUAUCCUCCAACGAUUCCCGUUCGCCACCACGACCUCUACACCUACGUCCAGCGAUCCUUCUUUUUAUUUUCCUUCCAGUGCCGCCGCUAUUAUCUUUAAUUUAUAUGAUUAUCGGCCAUGCUAUCCUUCGAGCUUCCAAAUCAUCACCGGACUCCAUAUUUCAAUCUCCCCUUUUAUCUUCCAUAGAGGCAGGUGCUACAGGCGGAGUUAUCCUGUCGUUGCCUAUAGCUCUUCUACUUUACAUUCUGGUCAUUCCUUCAAGGCCUACCACUGCUCCAGAGGAUUUUUUCGACGACGAUAACUCCAGUACGUUGAGACAAGCGAGGUACAUCCGACGUUUGGGUUACGUUGUAUCGGCUCUUCUCGUUUUGUGCAUAGGUGGCCUGGCAGGCCCGCUUGGAGUAACAUGCCUAUCGAACGGAACAUUGGACUCCUUCGUUGGCAAUAAGAAACUUCUUAGCACAGGCGCCGCCGCCGCCGCCGGAUUCCUUGGGGGAGUCAUCAUAACCUUUGGCGCGUUGACGCUAUGUAUCAUUGGCAUGGCUACAUGGACAAUUUCGAUGCGACGCAAACAUCAACGAGCAUCCUAA